CCUGGUUUCAUGAAUGAAAUCCAAUCGCGUGGUUAUAAAUAGCCGCCAAGGCUGCUCACGUCACGGUAGAGAGAGGGAGCGAUCGGAGGCCGCCACCGCGUAGCUCGCUCCGUGCUGGGACUCAGGGUUCCGCCCGGUGCCCCGCCUGGUCGGGGACGGGGGCGGGAGGAGGGCAGGGCUGGAGGCGACAGCGACCUGGGGACGAGCCCCGUGGCCUGGGCCAGGAGGCGGACGCGGCCGGACGCGGCUGUGCCAUGCUGCCUUUGUGCCACGCCGGGCGGGUGGCGCGCGGCGCGCAGGGUCCCCGCGUCCCCGCGAGCACGCGCGGCGGGGGCCGCUGCUGAGCGGCGGAGGGAACCGGGUCUCGCUCGGCUGCAGGGUAAGUCCAGCUGCGAGCAGGGACUUCUGCUCUUCAUUUCCAGUGAGACAGGGCUUUAUAAAUGGACACGGACAUGGACUACGAACGACCCAACGUUGAAACCAUCAAGUGUGUGGUUGUGGGUGACAAUGCCGUGGGGAAGACUCGCCUGAUCUGUGCUCGGGCAUGCAACACCACACUGACCCAGUACCAGCUGCUGGCCACUCAUGUGCCCACUGUGUGGGCCAUUGACCAGUACCGUGUCUGCCAAGAGGUCCUGGAGCGGUCCAGGGAUGUCGUGGAUGAAGUGAGCAUUUCUCUCAGGCUUUGGGACACUUUCGGAGAUCACCACAAAGACAGACGUUUCGCCUACGGCAGGUCUGAUGUUGUGGUCCUCUGUUUUUCAAUCGCGAAUCCCAACUCCCUAAAUCAUGUGAAAACCAUGUGGUAUCAAGAAAUCAAGCACUUUUGCCCUAGAACACCUGUUGUCCUGGUUGGCUGCCAGCUAGACCUCCGAUAUGCUGAUCUGGAAGCUGUUAACCGGGCCAGACGUCCCUUAGCAAGGCCCAUAAAGAGAAGUGACAUUUUGCCUCCAGAAAAAGGCAGAGAGGUGGCAAAGGAACUUGGCAUCCCUUACUAUGAGACCAGCGUAUUUGACCAGUUUGGCAUCAAGGAUGUGUUCGACAAUGCCAUCCGCGCAGCCCUCAUCUCCCGCCGGCACUUGCAGUUCUGGAAAUCCCACUUGAAAAAAGUCCAGAAGCCUCUGCUUCAGGCGCCCUUCCUACCUCCGAAAGCCCCUCCCCCGGUCAUCAAGGUCCCUGAAUGUCCGUCCACGGGGACAAGCGAUGCCGCCUGUUUACUGGACAACCCUCUCUGUGCCGAUGUCCUCUUCGUUCUCCAGGGCCAGGAGCACAUCUUUGCGCACCGCAUUUACCUCGCUACCUCUUCUUCCAAAUUCUACGACCUUUUUUUUAUGGAGUGUGAAGAAUUCCCCGGUUGGGGUGAAGGAGCUGGUGAGGAGGUGCCAUGCAAGGAUUUUCAGGGGCGGACGCAGAGUGUUGACCCAUCCGAGGAAGGGAAGAAAAGCCCCCAGAGGACCCUUCAGGCUGGCCCAGGAGCUUCUUCAGGCCAGGACCUGCUGGAGAGCCUGGCUGUGCAGACGGAAGCCUCGGGUUCUGAGGCACAGGCCCUGUCCGGCUGGAGCAAGGGGUUUGUCAGCAUGCACAGGGAGGUGCGGGUCAACCCCAUUUCUAAGCGGGAAGGCCCAGUGACUGUAGUCAGGCUGGACCCGUCGAUGCAGUCAGGCCCUUUCCGGACCUUGCUGCGAUUUCUCUACACUGGACAGCUGGACGAGAAGGAGAAAGAUUUGCUGGGUCUGGCUCAGAUGGCCGAGGUCCUGGAGAUGUUUGACUUGAGGAUGAUGGUAGAGAAUAUCAUGAACAAGGAAGCCUUCAUGAACCAGGAGAUCACGAAAGCCUUCCACGUCAGGAAAGCCAACCGGAUCAAAGAGUGUCUCAGCAAGGGCACCUUCUCAGACGUGACAUUCACAUUGGAUGAUGGAGCCAUCAGUGCCCACAAGCCACUGCUGAUCUGUAGCUGUGACUGGAUGGCCGCCAUGUUUGGGGGCUCCUUUGUGGAAAGUGCCAACAGUGAGGUGCAUCUCCCCAAUAUAAACAAGAUGUCGAUGCAGGCGGUGUUGGAAUACCUCUACACCAAGCAGUUGUCACCCAACUUGGACCUGGACCCCCUGGAGUUAAUUGCCUUGGCAAACAGAUUUUGCCUGCCGCACUUGGUUGCACUCGUAGAGCAGCACGCGGUCCAGGAGCUCACCAAAGCCGCUGUGAGUGGAGCGAGCAUCGACGGUGAGGUGUUGUCUUACCUGGAAUUGGCACAGUUUCACAAUGCCAACCAGCUAGCUGCCUGGUGUUUACAUCACAUCUGUACCAACUACAACAGUGUCUGUUCCAAGUUCCGAAAGGAAAUAAAAUCUAAGUCAGCAGACAACCAGGAGUACUUUGAGAGGCACCGAUGGCCCCCCGUGUGGUACCUGAAGGAGGAAGACCACUACCAGCGUGUGAAGAGGGAGCGAGAGAAAGAGGACCUGGCGCUGAAGAAACACUAUUCCAGGAGAAAGUGGUGUUUCUGGCACUCAUCCCCAGCUGUCGCCUGAAGGGCAGAGAGGGGGACAGUCAUCUGCUCGGUCACCUCACCGUUGACAGCUCUACUGUAAAAACCAGUCUCCUUAGCCAUUGGCACAGUGACGGUCUGGGGCGCUGGCUUUCCUACUUGUGUGCAUUUAUCUCCAUCAGGGUCAAAGCACAAGCUGGCCAUCCACAAGCCUGGACAUAAAAGGAAGCUGGCUGACUCACCGCAUUCCUUCAUUCAACCCAUUACCACCACCACUCUUUUUUUUUUUUUUUUUUUUGGUUGGGAAGCUUAAUACACUUUAGUCCAUCAUUUUGUUCCUUUUUAUACAAAGACAAACAAAUCCAGCUUUCAUGUUUCAGAUUCCGGAUUGGAAAAUAUUUUUAUAUGGUCUCUUGUAUUUCUUUGAAAUGACAACACUGUUUAUUACUUUAUUUCAUAGGCCACACAUUGACCGCGAACUUGCCCCAUGAUUCUCUUGGCCUCACAUGACCACUACCGAGCAUUACUCAUAAUUAUAGAGUUCUCCUUCUGUUGUGAGGUAAAGGAUUGGGCUGAACCCCCCCCCCCAAAGUACAAGGUGGAAGUGUUUAAUCUUUAUGCUGAUGAACAACAUUGUUAUAAUUAACUAUUUACAAGAUUUUUUUCUAUUUAAGUGCUAGUAAUUAUAUGGUUAUCUGUGCCAGAUAAACUAUGGUGAGGGCAAAUAUCCUACGGUUUAAGUUGUCUAGAUUCAAGAGGAUAACCCUCAUAAUCACUAGAAGGGCUUAUUAAAUCCCAGUACUAUCAGGGGCAAGACUGGCUGUCGGACCUUGUUACCGAUGACAGAGUUUGAGUGCUACUAUUGGAUGACUGUGUCAGGGUUGGUGGCUCUCAGUGUUUGAUGAUUUUGCUGUGCUAAUUCCUGGCAAACCCUUAGGUAGCCUAAAUAGGGAUGAGCGAAGAGGAAAAGGCUCAUCCACUGUCUACAGGUCUGUCACCUUGGCCCUCACACCUGUGGCCAACUUCACUUUGUAAGACACAUAUUUUUUAAACUCUUCCCAGGGAAAAUUCAGGUCACCACUAAAGAAGGCCAAGGCAGACCACCUGCUCCUACAGCAGUGCCACAGAGCCCAUGAGAGCAUAGAGCUGGAGGCCAGGUCCUGCUUUCUCCGGCAGUGAAAGGAGCCGAAUCCCAAGAGCCUAGGAAAUGGUGCUAUUGUGUGGGACUUCUAACCCUGUGCCCUUUGGGAAGUCCAGUGUUAGAACAGAAUGUGGAGAGCAGGGGAGCUCUCAAGAGGCAUCAACAUCAUUGCCCCUCAGCAGAUUAAAAUGUCACAGUACACACAUUCACUCACACACAUGUACACACACACCCACACAACAUUAGAGCAUCAAAGCGCCACACCUGCCACGGGAUGUUGUGUGCUGGACACUGGGGCUCAUCCUGUUGGGAGGUCACCUUACUGAUGCUAAGGGCUAUAUUGACUUUGUUUUUGUUUUCUAGUUUUUUGGGUUUUUUUUUUUUUCCUGAAGAUGGAAAGGAGACAAUUGAGUCCAAGCUCCAAAUGCCAUCUGCAUUUGAAAAUCUGUGUAGAUCAUAGGCAUUUGUUUCUGGCAUGGCUACAUACCAGAUAUGCAAGCUUAGAAAGACCCAGGAAAGCACCGCCCUCUCAUGGCAGAGAGGGGACAGCAGAAGAGGGGGGCUGAUAAAGCCUUUCCCCUUCACUUUGUUAAUAGGGGAAAUGACUAGUGGAAGGAGAGGGUAGGUAGAACAAGAGGAUAUAUGUCAAGACUCAGAGAGAAAUGGCAUAUAGCCACCUUAAAAUCCUAGAGGUUGUGUUUUCAGUGAGUAGUCCUAGUUGAAUUUAACAACCAAAGCUCCAUCUGAUUGUAUUCUUGCCAAAACAUAACGGACACAUACAUGAAAUGGGGCAUAAGCAAUAAUAUUCACUUAUGAUCUUCACAGCUGCUGAAACCAAGUGGCUGGUUCAUUUGGUUGACACGGAAUAGCCUUUAACCAUGGUGGUUUGUUUCUUGUUUUUUUAUUUCACAAAACGCCAAUAAAAAUUGUUUAGCUAUUAAAAAAUAAUAA